AUGGAUAUCAUGGCUCUGGUGUUUCUGUACACUGCGGCACUCUCCACAGUUGAUGGAUACCGAAACGUUUAUAUGUAUGACAAGCCUCAAACGUUAGAAAACCGCCAAACAAUGGUUCAUUUGCUGGAAUGGAAAUGGCUGGAUAUUGCUGCUGAAUGCGAAAACUUUCUUCAGUACUACGGAUAUGGAGCGGUGCAGGUAAUUUUGGACAUUUUGAAUGAGCACUAA